AGAAACGCAGUCAUAUGAUCGACACAAGCUCAACGGCAAUGCAAAACCUGGCAAGCCUGUAUUAUUAAAAUCUUUUCAGGGAGGACGUUUGGCGCCUGCGAUUGUAGCUUUUGUUUGGUGGAGUGGUGAAGGGUUGCAGUAAACCUGUGCGCUGUACAGUCCACCUUACCGUGCCAGGUUAAAUGAUGCAUUUGCCGCUGUUGUUAUGCGCCGUGUGCGCCGUGCUGGUGACCGGAGAACGCUACAAGCCCGAGUGGAAAAGCCUGGACGCCAGACCUCUGCCUAAAUGGUACGAUGAGGCCAAGUUCGGGCUGUUCGUCCACUGGGGGGUGUUUUCGGUGCCGGCUUUCGGCAGUGAGUGGUUCUGGUGGUACUGGCAGGGUGCUCUGGACCCCUCUUACAUCGCCUUCAUGCUGAGGAACUACCCUCCGGGCUUCACCUACGCCGAGUUCGCGCCGCAGUUUAACGCGCAGUUCUUCGACCCCGAUUUCUGGGCGGAAGUGUUCGAGGCUUCCGGGGCCAAAUACGUUGUUUUCACUACGAAACACCAUGAAGGCUUCACUAACUGGGGAUCGCCGACGUCAUGGAACUGGAACUCCGUUGAUAAUGGACCUCACAGGGACCUCGUCGGGGAGCUGGGGACUGCUAUUCGUAAAAGGUCGCUGCACUAUGGAUUGUACCACUCCCUGUAUGAAUGGUUCAAUCCCCUGUAUCUAAAAGACAAGCAGUCAGGCUUUAAGACGCAGGAAUUUGUAUAUAGCAAAGCCUUGCCAGAGCUCUUUGACCUUGUCAAGAGAUACAAGCCAGAGCUGAUCUGGUCAGAUGGGGAUUGGGAAGCCUCUGACACUUACUGGAACUCCACCGGAUUUUUAGCCUGGCUUUACAACGACAGUCCAGUGAAGGAUGUAAUUGUGGUGAAUGACAGAUGGGGGAACGGAACCUAUUGCAAACAUGGCGGUUACUACAACUGUGCUGAUAAGUUCACUCCAUCCACGAUGCCCAAUCACAAAUGGGAGAAAUGUAAUUCAAUAGACACCUUAUCCUGGGGUUAUCGCAGGAACAUGAGGCUCGUCGAUUUGAUGGAUUUGCCCACAAUUAUAAAGGAUCUUGUCUUCACUGUGGCAUACGGAGGAAACUACCUGCUGAACAUCGGACCUACGUCAGACGGCAUGAUCCCAGCCGUGUUUGAGGAGCGUCUCCGAAGUAUUGGCGCAUGGUUGAAGGUUAAUGGUGAGGCCAUAUAUGCCACCACGCCCUGGAGAGUUCAGGCUGAGAAUGCGACUGUUCCUGUCUGGUACACCUCCAAAGGCAAAACUGUCUAUGCAUUCUUUCACACCAAACCGAUGCAGUACUCAUUCGAGCUCUUCGCUCCUGUAACCUCAGACACCACCGUGGUGACACUAUUGGGAAGCUCUGAUCCUUUGAAAUGGGCUCCUCUGCAUUCAUCUGGACUGAUCCUGCUGCUGCCGGAUCUGCCGUACAAUGCCGCCGGGGCGUGGGCAUUCAAGCUGGAUGGAGUAGAAUAAUAGUUUUUUCUAAGGUGGUUUAUAUGAGGGGAGUUUCUACAUGAUUUUACACAAGGAUGCCUUAAUGGAGAAUCUUGCCUUAAUGUUUUUUUGCCUUAACUUUUUUUAUUGAUCACAAAAAAAUUGUUGUUUUUUUAAAUUCUAUUGAUGCACUGUAUACAAAUCACGGGAUUAUGAUAUUUGCUGAAUAAAAUAUUUUUGUUUAUUUGUGAA